AUGUUGUCAAGUAACCGGUCGGCAAGGGUUCCAAAAUGUGCCAGAUGUAGAAAUCACGGUAUGAUUUCAACACUGAGAGGCCACAAAAAGCAAUGCAUCUAUAAAAAUUGCUCCUGUACAAAAUGUGGUCUCAUCAAAGAGCGACAACGUAUCAUGGCUGCACAGGUGGCCCUAAAACGCCAACAAGCCGCGGAAGAUGCAAUUGCCUUGCACCUCGUGUCGGCGGAAAGUGGAAGAAGCUACGACUAUCUACCCCCGGGUCGAAUAUACGGGAUGCAGGUCACCUCACCGGAGCCGGACGCUUCGGAGUCGGUGCCAGAACGUCCAGCACCACCGCAAGAGCCUCAGGAAGAGGUGGUCGUCAGUCCCGCGUCAUUGGACAUGCUGAGCAAACUGUUUCCGAACAAGAAACGCACCGUGUUGGAGUUGGUGUUGAAGAGAUGCAACCACGACCUGUUGAAGGCCAUAGAACACUUCAACAUGAAUCCCAGCAAAACCGAAAACGAAUCGGACUCAAGUAGUGCUAAGGACGAACCUACAAGCACUUCCGCUUUCAAACCGGUCGGAAGUGGCUCCUCCAAGCUUUUGACCAAAACUUUAGCUCCAUCUCAUGUGAACAGUCCUUCGUUCAUAGCCAGCAACAAGGUCUUCAUGCACAGAUUCUAUCCGUUCUUACCCUUGUUUAAUCCGCAGCCCUUGGGGUGCCAACCCGUCUUGCCCAACCCCGUUUAUGUGCCAGGUUUUUGCGAGUGUGAACAAUGCAACAAUUAUUUAAUUAAUAGUAAAAUGUAAGUCGUGUAUUGAUGUGUAUUGGAUGGAUACCUUUGUGUAUUUAGAACUGGUGAUAUUUGUUUUAUGUUUUGUAAAUAUAUGUGUUGUUAAUUAAUAAA